AGACUCGCAGGGAAAUAUCAACUGACAAUGGAGAAGCAGAGCUUCAAACUGUGCGUGCUGCUUAGCGCUUUGGCUGCAUCAGUGGAAACUUACCAGCUCCAAGAGGCCACUGUGUACUGGGAUGCUGCCCAGAAAAGUGUGAUCCUGAAGGAAGGGGUGAUGGAGACAGACGGGGGAGCCUAUGGUUACUUCAAUGAUACUCUACUCUUCUCUGGAUGGGGUGUCUUGGAUAUCUGCGCAGGUUACGGAGGAAUCACACAGGAAGACGAGACCACCUUCUUCCUGGCUGGGUACCUGGAGGGUUACCUGACUGCUGGCAAACAGGACCAAUGGGCCAGAGAGCAGGUGAAGCUGAGGAGAAACAGUGACCCCCUGUGGAAGCAUCUGGGACUGAUCCUGGCCCAGCUGGAUGGACUCCAUGCCGGAGCUGGACAGUGGGCCAAGAGCAAACACAGAGAGCCUCUGUCAGCGUUUGCAGUCCAGUUUCUGAAUGGCGUUGGUGACCUCCUGGACCUCGUCCCAGCUCUGACACCUCGCUCCAACUCCUCCACAGGGGCCGGCACUUUCAGGACGCCAGGAAUGGGCCACUGCACUGCUCUCAUAAAGGUGCUGCCAGGCUUUGAGAACCUGCUGUUUGGCCACUCUAGCUGGUACACUUAUGCAGCCACCACGCGCAUUUAUAAACACUGGGACUUCAGGGUGUUUGACACACACAUCGCCACUGGAAAGAUGUCGUUCAGCAGCUACCCUGGCUUCCUGAUGUCUCUGGAUGACUUCUACCUGCUUGGGAGCGGCCUGCUGAUGACUCAGACCUCCAUCGGUGUCUUCAACGCCUCUCUGUUCUCUCAGCUCAGCCCUCACAGCCUGCUGGCCUGGCAGAGAGUCCGCCUGGCCAACGGCUUGGCGCGCAGCGGAGAGGAGUGGGCUCACGUUUUCUCCAAAUACAACUCAGGUACAUAUAACAGCCAGUACAUGGUGGUGGACCUGAGCAGGGUCUCUCUGGGUCACAGUAUAAGGAAUGGAGCUCUAACUGUGGUGGAGCAGAUUCCUGGCAAGGUGAUGCAGUCUGAUCAGACUCAAGCUUUACGCAGAGGUUAUUGGCCAUCCUACAACAUACCAUUUCAUGUUGAAAUCUACAACCUGAGUGGGUACGGUGUUAUGUGGAAGAGAUAUGGAGUAGACUUCUCCUAUGACCUCUGUCCCCGAGCCAAAAUCCUCCGCAGGGACCAGGCCAAGGUGUCUAACCUCAACUCCCUCAAAUACAUCAUGAGAUACAACAACUACAAGAGAGACCCCUACUCCAAGGGCCAUCCGUGUAAAACCAUCUGUUGCCGUAACGACCUGAGACCAAGGAGACCACGCCCGGGAGGUUGCUAUGACACUAAGGUGACAGACUACCAGAUGGCUCUCCAGCUGGUCGCGGAGGCAAUAAACGGCCCCACGACACAGGGCGGUCUGCAGCCGUUCUCAUGGCAAUCCUUCAAUCCUUUCCCUUCGUCACCAUGA